AUGGAGGAAAUGAAAAACGACUACAUAAACCUCUUCAAAGAAGUUGAAAUGGAGAAUUCUUCGAAAAACAAAGACGUUGAAGAUAACUCAUCAGACAAGCCGCCUCAAGUCGAAAACACUCGUUCACGUCGUCGCCGAAGGGGAAUUCCAUGGACUGAAGGAGAACACCAGUUGUUUCUUAUGGGACUGAACAAAUUUGGGAAAGGAGAUUGGAAGAGCAUCUCAAGGUACUACGUUGUUUCGAAGACAGCGACUCAAGUGGCUAGUCAUGCUCAAAAGUAUUUCUGUCGUAGGACUAGUAGAACUCCAGUGGAGCGUCGUCGCGCUAGCAUCAAUGACAUUCAAACUGUCACCCUUACUCCUAGGAGGACAACUACUGUGACAACAACUCCAACUCCUAUGAUCAAUAAUAACAUACUUGCUUAUAACAACAAUUAUCAAGUUGGCUCUUCAUCAAUGCCUUUUCACUAUUCUAAUAACAUUUUUGGUGGUACCAACAGCUCCAAUGAAAAGUUUGGGAGAUUUCAUCGGGGUGAAGCAUCUGGCAGCAACUCGUUUGUUAUGGGACAAAACAACAAUCUCCCAAGGCCAGUGUCACCUCGCCCUUUUCUUUCCAUGUACUCGCGGGGUGAUAAACCCCAAGUCUAA